AUGGACGCAAUGAGAAGGCCGUCGACGGGUAGGAAGAGAUCGAUUUCAAACAAAUUCAAAAUCUUAAUAACGGGUGGAAAUGGUUUUCUCGGACAACAGUUGGCGAAGGCUUUACUACAGCCCAGGGAUGAGCUCCGGUUUGAUGAACUCAUUCUCGUCGAUAUCCAGAAGCCGGUCAGUCCUGUCAGAGACGAUAGGGUCCGGUGUCUGGUGUUUGACUUGACUCGACCCGAAGCCGUGGACGAACUCUUUCAGACGAGUAUCGAUAUUAUCUUUCAUUUGGCGGCUGUAGUGAGCGGUCACGCGGAGAGGGAUCUCGAUUUGGGCUAUAAAGUGAACGUCGAGUGCACUCACAAUCUUCUGGAGACCAUAAGACACCAGAAUCGGCCGCAAACUCGACUCGUGUUUGCCAGCAGUUGUGCGGUCUAUGGUUGGCCGCAACCCAUGGAUCAGGACAUUGACGAGCGGACAGCCGUAUUGGCCCAAUCCUCGUACGGCAAUCAGAAAGCGAUGUCCGAACUCAUGAUUGCCGACUACACCCGUCGGGGUUAUAUAGACGGCCGAGUGCUGCGACUGCCCACAGUGUCCGUACGCCCGGGUGCGGCCAAUCUGGCCGUCACGUCGUUCGCCAGCGGUAUCAUAAGAGAGCCAUUGAGCGGACGGAUUGCCAUCUGUCCGGUGGCCAGAGAUCAGAAGAUAUGGAUCACUAGUCCGAAAACAGUGGUCGAGAAUUUCAUACACGCGGCGGUACUGCCGGCCACCGCUUUCGGUCCGCACCGUAACGUGAAUUUGCCCGGAAUUACGGUUACUGUCGACCAAAUGAUGGACAGUUUGGCCCAAAUUGCGGGACAGAAAACGGCAGAACUCAUACGUUUUGAAUACAAUCCACAAAUCGAUGCAAUCGUGUCAUCACUUCCCGUCUCUUUCGACGUGAGAAGAGCUCUGGAUUUGGGAUUUAGUGUGGAUUCGGACUUCAGUUAUAUUAUACAAAGUUAUAUUAAUCAAGAACUGAGUCCACCAUCUGAUCGGUCCUCUUCUGAAUCA